AUACGCAUGAUUAAAAAAACCCUGACCCUUUAAGAAGAAGUGAAACAUACUGGCUGAGAUCAUGUUAACAUAUCUCUACUGUUCAUCCCAUGCUGCUGCGCUGUCAGUCCCCCAGUUGCCCACACUGAAUUACUGAGCAUUUCCUCAUUUGCAGUAAGUUUAGUGUCACAGGUCUGUACAGUAGCAUCAGGCUGGAUACUGAAUCACUGCUGGACAUGAAGCACUUUAUCCAUCAAUAAACCAUUACUAAAGGCAAACAUGGGGGAGACUGUCGACGUCAAGGCUCUGAGGGCCCGGUUCAACAACAACGCCAGCACCUCAGACACCAGCAGCCGAGACAGUGGCUCCCCAAAAUCUCCACGACCUGGAUUUGGAAAACUGAUCCUGCCACUGACUGAUUACGAUCUGGCGCACCACAGACUGUCUCCUACGGUUCCCCCUCCUCCGAUGGCCAACCCAGGCCUGGUGAGGUUUCCAAGGACGGAACCGAUGGCAGCCCCCAUCCCCUCCAGACCUUCCUUCCCUCGACCACCUCCCAAUCCAGGAGUCAGAGCAUCGACCCAGCCUGGAGACCCCGGAAAGGUCAAGCAAAAGGGGGAGAUGCUACAGAACAUGAUGCUGAGGCACCAGAGGCCUCCAGCCCCCAAUUUCACCCCGGGUCCAGCGGCCUCUGCACCAGCUCCCACCUCCACCCCUCUACCACUCCGACAGCAGCCUCGACAGAGAAGCGCAGGGGACGUGACCCCACUGAGGAGGCCUCUACCUCCUGAAGGACCCCAACCUUUGAAACCAAAACGGCCUCCCAACGUCAACCUGGAGCCUUUUCUGAGGUCCAACCGAGGACCUGCCCUCCCUGGUCCGAGAAAGAAUGACAGAGGUUCCCCGGGCUCAGCAGGCAGAAAGAUGCCUUUACCUGCAGUCGUCAGUCCUCCAAAGCCGCCACAACGAUUCACCAAACCCAGCAGGCUGCCGCACCAAAUUGCCUCCAUGGACAUUGAGGAUAAUGAGGACUUCUAUGAUGACAUUGAUAGGAACGAGUCCUGUAGCGACAAUGGUUCACACUGUAUGGACGGGGAAGAUGAUGAAGUGUAUGAGUUUAUUGACGAGGACCAGGUGGAGCAAAAUCAAUUACAUGCUGGGAAGCAAAACAAAAAAGAUGCAAAGAGGCAGCGGGAGCAGGAGAAGAAAGAGCAGAUGGAGCGUCAGAAAAAAGAAAAUGAGUUGAGGAAGAAAUUUCAGUUGCAAGGGGAGGUGGAGGUUAUUCAUACAGCCAAAGUCCGGCAUGACUGGUAUGGAGGAGGAAAACUGGACCUCAGCGUACGACAAGGAGAGAGCGUGGAAAUCCUCAGAGUGAAGAAUAACCCCGGAGGCAAAUGGUUGGCUCGCUCUCUGAACGGAAACUAUGGAUACAUCAGUAACACAUGUGUGGAUGUUGACUAUGAAGCAGUGAAGCGCAAAGUGCUCCAGUCCAGAAAAAUAGACACAUCAACAUUGCCUCCACCACCUCCAGACCCCCCAAUGAUGUUGAAUAUGGAGUUGAAUAGUAGCAACAGCAUGCUUCAAGAUGAUGAUGACUAUGAUGACGUUCAACCAAUGACGGAGGAUUUCCCCCCACCACCGCUUGAAAUCAGCAUUGAUCCCAAACUGGAGAAGGAGCUGAAAAAAAAAUUUAAGUAUGACGGACCUCUCAGGGUGCUGCACACCAUGAUGGUGGAUCCUAAUAGUGCUAUAAAGAAGCCAGGAGGGAAAGAUCUGCCUGUGGUUCAAGGAGAAGUCGUGGACAUCAUCCAGCUCACCAGUAGCAAGAAAGCUCUGUGUCGCAACCAGUUUGGUAAAUAUGGUUAUGUGUCCAGGUCUCUUCUUCUUCCAAUGGAAGGAGACAUUUACGACGACGUUGACUAUGCAGGCGACGUCUACGACAACGACUCUACACACUGAUUAUUAAAACAUGUCAAACUAAACACACACUCACACAGAAGAAUAUAGACAGACUAAAUGAACAAACUAUAUAACACCAUUAUUAACAAACUAUAUAAAAGUUACAAACUAAAACUUAGGCUACAUCCACACUAUAACCUUUUCAUUUUAAAACACACAACUAUUUCUACGUUCAUGCCUAGUGUCCACACUGCUCCAGCAUUUUGGAACUGCUAAAACGGAGACCUUUGAAAACGCUGCUGACCCCACUUUAGUUUGAAAACUCCAGGGAUGGGUUUUAGUCUAGGUGGACAGAAAAGGAUACCUUUGACAAAUGAUAAGGACGCAGAUAUCAACAUUUGUUUCCUGGUUGGCUCUUAGUCACAACAAGCCAGAAAAAUUAUAGCAAGAUCUACAUACCUUAUGUGAUUUCAACUUUCUUGUGUGGGUUCCCCUUUUCCAUCAUCAUGGCUUCCAAGUAAAGAAAUCCCAGGUCUUACUUUUCUCCAUCUCCGCAGUGUUUUGCGGAACUAACUACUCCUUCCUGUUUACCCCUGCACUUACAGUACAUGCCUAGUGUACGUGAAUGUUCAUGUGAUAUGCGGGAUUAUUUCUGGAACAGUGCUAAAACGUUUGUGUGUACAGAGACCGUUUUCAUUUUUUCAUGCUGUUCUAAAAUUUAAAUGUAUUAGUGUGGAUGUGGCCUCAAACUAUGUGACAGAGGAUUCAAACACAGCCUGAGCUCUCGGGGUCACAAACACACAAACUAUGUAACUAUCUAACUAUAAAAACUAUAUAAAACUAGAACUGUGUACUAUAUAACUAAAACUAUACAAAACUAUAUAAAACUGAGGGACAAAAACAGAUAAUAGAGUGAACACACACACACACACACACACUGUGCUGAGAAUAACAAACUUAUCAUCAUUGCAUUGUUUGUCAGACUGCUUGUAUAGAAAGUGAAUACACUAUUACUGUAGCUUUGUGUAUUGCUUCAUGUCUGGGAUAAUUUAAAAUAAAUGAUUUUUUUUUUUACUGGUA